AUGCCAUCACAGGAAGAAAGCGUGCUCAUAGUAGGAGCUGGGGUCUUCGGUGCUUCAACAGCUUUUCACUUGGCCAAAACAUAUCAGGAUGCUUCGAAAAUCACAGUAAUCGACCGCACUCCAGCGCCACCAGAGCCUGCAGCGAGCACAGAUAUCAACAAGAUCAUUCGAGCCGAUUAUAGCAGUGCAUUUUAUGCCGACCUCGCCUAUGAAGCCAUGGAUGCUUGGCAACACUGGCCGGAGCUGAAGGAUUACUACCAUCGAACGGGCUGGAUCAUGCUCGACGAGAACGACAGUGACCUAGCAUCUCGAAUACGUCAAGUAUUCAAAGAUAGAGGUACUGACCCGACUAGCGAUGUAGCACUCGAGGAUCUGUCAAAGCAUUGGAAAAGCAUCCUCAAAGGCACAAACACAUCAGGUUUUAAAAACGCCUACUUCAACCCCGAAGCAGGAUGGUGCGUUGCCGCAGCCGCUACAGCAAGUAUCAUGAAAGCCGCCAUUUCUCAAGGCGUCAACUACAUCGUAGGCGACAUCUCAUCCCUGAUACACGAAAACAACAAGAUCUCCGCCGUGCGCACCAAAUCCGGAGAGGAAUACACCGCCUCAAAAAUCGUCCUAGCAACAGGAGCCUGGACUUCCCAACUCCUCAACCCAAUCGAAGACGACCUCUCCAUCCCCCAUUCCGAUCGAAUCGAACGCCAAGUCACAGCCGCAGGCGUAGCAGUCGUCCACUACCGAAUGACCGACAGCGAAAUGUCAAAACUCUCAGAAAUGCCCGUCGUGGUGUAUGGCAAGAAUGGAGAAAUCAUCCCACCACCUCAAGAAAACCAUCUCCUAAAAUACACCAACGCAAACACAUUCACAAAUCUCACAACCACAAAAUCCGGACACAAAAUUUCCAUACCUCCUGAAAAUAUAGAUCAACGCAUCGUCCCCGAGAUUUUAAAAAACGAAAUGCAUGCGAAUAUGACUCGGAAUGUCAUGACCAAAUUUUCAUCGAGGGAACCUGAGUAUUGGCGUAUAUGUUGGGAUUCCAUCACUCCGACGCAAGAUUGGUUACUCACGCAACAUCCUGAUCAAAGAUUAGAGAAUUUAUUUCUUGCUGUUGGCGGGAGUUUUCAUUCGUAUAAGUUUUUGCCGAUUCUGGGGAAGUACAUGUGUCGAGUUCUCAGUGGGGAAGGGAAUGGGAUGGAAAAGGAUAGGGCUUGGGGUUGGAAGAGGGAUUUUGAGAUUGGGAGGAGAGAGCAUGGUGCGCAUGAGAAUACGUUGCCGAAGAGGGAUUUAGGUGACAUUUGGCAUGGCGUGGAAGCGAAGGUGUAG